AUGCCCCCCAUCACCACUCCCCAGAAGCAUCGUAAGCCCAACCAUUCCGGGGAUCUUCUCCGCUCUCCGGCGAACGUCCAAGAGGACGGCGUACAGUUCAUUCCGGUGGCGCGUACGCCGGGCCUGCCGGCGCCGGAGCAGCUUCACCACCCGCGUUUCCCCCGGCAGACACCUGCCAAGAAGGCCGACAGGAAGAGACCUCUCAUCCUCUGCUGCGCCGCCCUUUGCUUCGUCUUCGCCGUGGUUCUCAUCGUCGUCGGCGUCGUCACCCUCGUCGUCUUCCUGGUGAUCAAGCCGAGGAACCCCCGGUUCGACGUCUCCGGCGCCACCCUGAACAGCAUCUACAUAGACUCCCCCUCGUUCCUCAACGGGGACCUCACCUUCCUCGCCAACUUCUCCAACCCUAACGGGAAGAUCGAUGUUCAGUUCGAGUUCGUCGGCGUUGAGCUCUACUUUCGGAACACGCUCAUCGCUGCGCAGGCGCUGCAGCCGUUUGCCCAGCGGCGAGGGGAAGUGAGGCUACAAUCGGUGCACAUGAUCUCCAGCGAGGUAUUCCUCUCGCCGGAACGGGAGCGGGAGCUCCAGGACCAGGUGAACGGCAACAGGGUGGUGUACACCAUCAAGGGGACCUUCAAGGUGAGGACGAGCCUGGGUCUCAUCCACAUCACUUACUGGUUGUAUGGGUUGUGUACUGUGGAGCUCAGCCGGCCCCCGAGCGGAAUUCUUGUGGCCAAAACUUGUAGAACCAAGCGGUGA